UGUGAGCACCGCAACCAAUAUUCACCCUUUACCAUGAGCAAAGAGAUGAAAACCCCGUUUUACCCAUAAAACAUAGGGUAAUAAGCAAUCGGCAAAUCUCCCAAAAACCUACUCGUUUUGUCCAAAAACCCAAAGCACGAAGUCCCUUUCCCCUCCCCCGGCUUUGCCUUCCCCUCUUCUACCAUUUCAUCGAACACCUUCCCGAUCACGCGCCUCAGCCAUGACGGAACCCUCCGACGCGGCGGCGGCGGCAGCCGUAUCUGCGCGGCUCCUGGAGGUCGCGGCCGACGACGACUCCGCGGCGCUCGGGGACCUUAUCGCGGCACACCCGUCGCUUGCCGACGAGCCCGCCCCGUGGUACUCCCCGGCGCGCGGCGCGGAGCCCAUGACCCCGCUCAUGGUCGCGGCGGCGUACGGGUCCGUGGCCUGCAUCGAUGUCCUACUCUCGCCGCCGCACCUGGCCGACCCCAACCGUGCCUCACCGUCGUCCCUCUCCACCGCACUCCACCUCGCCGCCGGCGGCGGCGCCUCCACUGCGCCGGCCGCGGUAUCUCGUCUCCUAGCUGCCGGCGCCGACCCCACGCUGCUCGACCAUCUACACCGCCGGCCGUCCGACCUCGUCGCCCUCCCACCCAACUCGCUCCCUCUCAAGAACCACCUCCUCUCCCUCCUUGGAGGGCGCAAGGAGUGGCCGCCGGAUCCCUCCCUCCCCGACAUCAAGAACGGCGCCUACGCCUCCGACGACUUCCGCAUGUACUCCUUCAAGGUGCGCGCGUGCUCGCGCGCCUACUCCCACGACUGGACCGAGUGCCCUUUCGUCCACCCCGGCGAGAACGCGCGGCGGCGGGACCCGCGCAAGUACCACUACAGCUGCGUGCCCUGCCCGGAGUUCAAGAAGGGGGCGGGGUGCCGGAGGGGCGACAUGUGCGAGUACGCGCACGGGGUGUUCGAGAGCUGGCUCCACCCGGCGCAGUACCGGACGCGGCUCUGCAAGGAUGGCGUCGGCUGCGCGCGGCGCGUCUGCUUCUUCGCGCACACGCCCGAGGAGCUCCGGCCACUGUACGUGUCGUCGGCGGGGUCGCAGCGCAGCGCGAUGGAGAUGGCAGCGGCGAUGGGAAUGGGGCUGCCGUCGCCGGGUGCGUCGUUCACGCCGCCGCUCUCGCCUUCCGGCGGGGGAAGCGGCGUCGCCGGCGCGUGGCCGCAGCCCAACGUGCCCGCGCUGUGCCUCCCCGGGAGCGCCGGGAACCUUCAUCUGAGCCGGCUGCGCACUUCGCUGAGCGCGCGCAGCAGGGCAGUGGACGAGCUGCUCGCCUCAGCGGAUUACGACGGGCUCAUCGGAUCGCCAGCCUCUGUGCGGUCUGCGAGGGGAAAGACGCUCGUGCCGUCCAAUCUCGACGAUCUGUUCUCCGCGGAGAUGGCAGGCUCCGCGGCAUCUCACUCACCGCGGUACGGGGACCAGGGCGGCGCUGCUUUCUCGCCGACGCGUAAGGCCGCCAUGCUGAACCAGUUCCAGCAGCAGCAGAGCUUGCUCUCUCCCCGGGCCACGGUUAUCCCUGAGCCAGUGUCUCCGAUGAGCUCCAGGCUGCUCGCGGCCCUUGCGCAGCGGGAGAAGAUGCAGCAGCAAACACUGAGAAGCAUGAGCUCUCGUGACCUUGGCUCCGGCGCCUCCGUCCUGGUUGGUUCACCAGUUACCUCUAGCUGGUCCAAAUGGGGAAUCCCCUCGAGCACACCAGAUUGGGGUGCUGACGACGAUGAGAUUGGUCGCCUCAAGCGAUCCUCGUCCUUUGAGCUCCGGAAUGGUGCCAAUGGCGAUGAGCCGGACCUCUCAUGGGUCAAUACCCUUGUUAAGGAGCCAACGCCGGAGAAGCCAUCCAUUGCUUCUUUGAGUCAGGCCACAAGUCAUGAGGAUAUCGGCGGUGAGGAUGACACUGCCGGGGUGAUCGGUGGCUGGCUUGAACAGCUCCAGCUGGAUGAGAUGGUAGUCUAGAACAAACAUAACAUGAAUCAAACAAGAAAGGUGCCAUUUUUUUUUGCUGUGAUUCACCAGUUCCUUCUUUUACAACUUACUACAUCUACCAACCUUCAUACCUUGCUGGCAAUUACUGGUGAUACAUUCUUUUGGAGUUGGUUAGUGUAGGUGUUGAGAUUUACACAACCUCCCUGCAGUUGAGAGAAAUGAAGGAACCUAGCCAAUUUUAUGGAAUCUCUAGCUUGGCUAGGUGAACAUUGUGUUUCCCCUUGUACCUUCCACAUCCCUCUUUUGCUAAUCAUUCCAAAAAGUGAUUUCCUCGUUCUGAGAGGAUUGUGAAUUAUGUAGGAUAGUGCUAGCAUCUCCUAAGCUCCCAUCCUCUGCUUCUUGCAAAAGGAGUAUGAGGGUAGCUUGUGCUUUGCAUCAAAUGCUUCUAAUGACUCAUGAUUGGUGUAAAACACCCUACUGUUGUUGUACUACUGAGGAUUCAUAACUGAUGUAAAAUGCCCUACUGUUGUGUUGUGUUCACUA